AUGGCCAACCCCGCAACAAGCGACCCGCGUACGGUAGGGACAUCCACACUUCCAACAAUUGUCCAAAACUCAGAUUUCUUGCGUCUUCCCGGCGGAUUAUGGAACAUGAUCUAUGCUCUAGUUCUCACGGCCCCUGGGCGCACUAUCCACCACGUUUCUGAGGGCUAUCUCGACUAUCACGCCAAGUCCGCCGUCAUCACACAAGGUAUAUGCAAAGAGCUCUACGAGGAGACAAAAUCACUACGCCUCAAGUUCAAUACAGAAGUCAUGUUCUCGAGCCAUUGCGAAGAUCCAGUCCCGGCUACCGAGCGCUUUCUAGGCUUCUUCGCUGCCCUUUUUGCCGAGCAGCGCGAACUGGUACGUGAAGUGGAAUUGUUUAGCGGUGAUGAAACAUGCAACGCGAUCAACAUGACGUGCUGUGCAAUCAAUGGCGACAAGCAGUUGCUGCUUCACCUAGGCGAUGUGUGUUGGUACAACGCCCACAUCAACAUCAAGUAUGGAUUGACAUGCUUUAAUCAUAAGACCAGCCGCACCGCCUUCCAUAUCGCCUUCAAUGGGCUUGUGAAGAAUGCUCUCCUUCGGUAUAACUACAUCGUCGAUGCGAUGGAGAUCGAUUCACCAGCGCGAUAUUCUACCUCAAUGCUAAGGGAAUAUCUUUCUGGGAGGGAUGAACUGGAUGUACUCUUUCCAGAGUGA